UUUUUUUUCAUAAUCACAACCAAAUCGAUCUCUUUCCUCUCUUCUUUACCAUAAUCUCUCUACUACACAAAAAUAUUUUCCAUCCUAAAUCAGUAAACAUCCUGUUGUAGAAAGAAAAGAUGACAGUCCUCCAAUCUUCAAGUUUCUUGAGUUCAUGUAGUUCUGCUCCCUCAACUUCAUCUUGUAGUUGUGGAAGAGGAUUGAUAAGAGCGAAUAUUAAUAAUCCAAGAAUUAAAACAAGCAAAACCUCUCUUCCCAUUCUUCAAUCAGUGCAUGAACAAGAGUUGAUUAGCUAUUCAACCAUAUCAAACAACAACCUUGUUGAGAUACAACUUAGCCCAGCUACAAGAAGAAGGCAAAUGGUUAAUGGUCCUGAUCCCCUGGUUAUCAAGAAGCUUUAUGCAAUCAAAGAGGCAGUUGCAGAUAGAGUGGAGAUGCAUAGAAAUAUAGGUGAACAAAGAAGCCAAUGGAACAAUAUGCUGUUGACAUCCAUUAAUGGGAUUACAUUAGCAGCUGCUACAAUGGUUGGAAUUGCAGCUAGCAGUGGUGCUGACGGCGAUUCUGUUUUGGGACUGAAAAUGUCAUCCACUUUGAUGUAUUUGGCUGCUAGUGGCAUGUUGGCGAUCAUCAACAAGAUUCAACCAUCCCAGCUUGCUGAAGAACAAAGAAAUGCAACAAGGCUGUUUCAAGAUCUCCAUAACCAAAUCGAAACAACUUUAUCAAUCGGUCAUCCUUCAGCUAUUGAUGUGAAAGAAACUAUGGACAAAGUCUUGGCUCUUGACAAGGCGUACCCAUUACCUCUACUCGGAGUAAUGCUAGAGAAAUUUCCAUCUUCUGUGGAACCUGCUAUUUGGUGGCCUCAGCAACGUCGAAGACAGCCCAAAAGGGCCAGUGACAGUGAAAACAAUUGGAACGGAUGGAAUGGCAAACAGGAGGAGGAAAUGAGAGAAAUAAUGGGAGUAUUGGGUAGAAAAGACCAAGAAGAAUAUAUUAGGCUAGGGGAAAAGGCCUUGAAACUCAACAAAGUUUUAGCCUUGUCUGGUCCUUUGCUCACAGGCCUAGCAGCGAUUGGCUCUGCAUUUGCUGGUCAUUCUACUCAUGGAUCUUGGGCAGCCAUGCUUGGAAUUGUUGGUGGAGCAUUGGCAAGUGCAGUUAACACAGUAGAGCAUGGUGGACAAAUCGGAAUGGUAUUCGAAAUGUAUAGGAGUAACGCCGGUUUCUUCCAGUACAUGCAAGAAUCUAUUGAAUCUAACUUGACAGAAACAGACGAGGAGAGAAGAGAAAAUGGCGAAGUUUUUGAAAUGAAGGUGGCUUUGAAGUUAGGAAGGAGCUUAUCAGAUCUGAGAAAUCUUGCUGCUUCUUCGUCAUUGAAAGAAGAACAUUUGGAUGAGUUUGCAAGCAAGCUUUUCUGAUGUUGCACACUAAUGUUGUACAUAUAUUUGUAUUAUAAGUAGCGGAACAUAUUCUUUAAUUUUUUUUCAAAUAUACAUUCUUUUACAAAGUUAAUUGGUAGAAAGCAGUGUUGGCUAUUA